ACCAUGAUCUUUACAUCUCCUAUGUCCUGUCCUCCACUCUGUGUCGGAAAAAUUAUUUAAAUUUAAAUUAAAAAAAAAAAGUAAAACCCUAGUUGUCUCCGUAGCUUUAGAAAGUCGUGAGAAUCUAAAUCUCGAAUUUUGUUCUGUCCUUUUGUUAUCUCGAGAGAAUCGAAUUAUGUACAAGGAGCGGAGUGGAGGAGGUGGAGGCGGGUCAUCGAGAUCGGAGAUGGUCGGCGGAGCAAUUGAUCGGAAACGAAUCAACGACGCACUCAACAAGAGACUUGAGAAGUCUUCAACAUCAACAUCUAAAGGUUUCACUUCUAAAGACAAACAUCAACAGCUUCCAGAUGUGGAAUCUGAGACAGAUAGUGAAGAAGGUUCAGAUGUGAGUGGAUCAGAAGGUGAAGAUGAUGAUGACACGUCGUGGAUCUCGUGGUUUUGUAGUUUGAGAGGGAAUGAUUUCUUCUGUGAAGUAGAUGAAGAUUAUAUACAAGAUGAUUUUAAUCUUUGUGGGUUGAGUGGUCAAGUUCCUUAUUAUGAGUAUGCGCUUGAUCUCAUUCUAGAUGUCGAAUCUUCAAACAGUGAGAUGUUUACUGAAGAACAGAAUGAACUUGUGGAAUCAGCUGCUGAGAUGUUGUAUGGUCUUAUUCAUGUUCGUUACAUUUUGACUACUAAAGGACUUGCUGCAAUGAGUGAGAAGUACAAGAAGUGUGAUUUCGGGAGAUGUCCGAGAGUUUUUUGUUGCGGACAGUCUUGUCUACCUGUUGGACAAUCUGACAUCCCGAGAUCGAGUACUGUGAAGAUAUACUGCCCAAAAUGUCAAGACAUAUCUUACCCGCGAUCUAAAUUCCAAGAUAUUGAUGGAGCAUACUUUGGAACCACAUUCCCUCACUUGUUCUUGAUGACAAACGGGAACUUAAAGCCUCAAAAGCCGACUCAGAGUUAUGUCCCGAGAAUCUUUGGCUUUAAGGUACACAAGCCAUGAUACAAGUGCCUCUGCAUUCUCAAUGAUGUUACAUCGCGUCUGGAAACGAUUUGAGUGGAGCAUAUAGUCAAUCAUUGGGUAAAGCAUGAUUCGAGCUUAAAUUUUUUGUAACAUUGGAAUCUUGAAAGAAUCCCAUGAAGUCCUAAAUGCAACAGCCUGACUCGUAGACAAGCUAUAUAUAUCUUGUCUAAGAAAUUUGUUUCCCUUGGAUGUUUUUUGUUUUUCAUGUUCUUUGUCUAGAAAUUGCAAUAUUUUUCCACAGCGUAUUUAUUUUAUUUAUCUAAAAAACCCUAAGAUAUAAACUACGUUACCUAGUUAAUC